GGAAUCCACUGAGCUCAGUACUUGCUUGCCUCGGACGAGCUACGAGCGCUCAUGACAGGCUGUGGCUGAAGCGAUCGUGCGCCACACGCGCGCAGAGCAGAAGCAGCCAGUCUCCUAAUUCAGCGCACGAUGCUGCCACGGUCUACGCUGCACAUAACUUCGCCAACGACGCUGCGGUCGUUGCUUGUCGCUCGCUACACCUAGGCUUGCUACAGCUCGAGAGGCUACUGUCUCUUUCAGGAGGGCGGAACAUGAUCCACGCGGUGCUCAUAUUCAACACUUCAGGUGUGCCGCGCCUGACCAAAUUCUACUCUUCACUGCACCGCUCGUCGCAGACCCUCGUGCAUAAGAUCUUUUCCCUCGUAUCCACGCGUGCACCAGGCCUCUGCAACUUCCUAGACGCGCCAGAACUGGAGAGCUUCCUGACGGCACAGGAUGCGGACGGCGAGAAACUAAGGGUGGUGUAUCGGCACUAUGCAACCCUCUACUUCGUCUUCGUCGUGGAUAGUGCGGAGAGCGAGCUGGGGAUCUUGGAUCUCAUCCAGGUGUUCGUGGAGUCUCUAGACCGCAGUUUUGAGAACGUAUGCGAGCUUGACCUCGUCUUCCACUUCGACGAGGUCCACCAAAUCCUUUCUGAGGUUAUCCAGGGUGGUAUAGUGCUCGAGACGAACGUAGAAGAAAUUGAUCACCAAGUCCAACGAGCGGCAAAAGCACGGAAGGAAUCGUUCGCUUCUGCUAACCCGUUAUCAUUAGGAACUGGCGUUGCCGGUGGGGGCUCAAGAGGCAGUGGUUUGCCUAGUCUUGGUUGGUUGACAGAGAAGCUGGCGGGAGUAGUACAGGGGAUCUGCAUGAGACGUAUGUCCAUGUCAUUGACCGUAUGACCGACGAACACAACAAUGUAUUUCGAAGUGCGUGCCACGACUCGUUAUCAAACAUGAUUACGACCCAGUGGCCUCCAAUGGCGUUCUUGUCACAUACCGACUAGAACACGAUGUCUCGCUCGCUCACCUCCGACAGGACGAGGAACAGACUCCUGCUGGAGACUCGCGGUGUAGUCGACGAUCCUACUCUAGGGGACUCAAUAUUCGGAGGCACCGUGUGAGAACUCGCAACGGAGUCUAGUCGAUACGACUGGACUGAAAACGGUCCGAGCCGUGUCAUGAGGUACUGCUCGAGGUAGCGGUUC